UGGUCUUCGAAUUCGGCAAGGCGUCGGGAAGCAAACUAUGAGCUGCUACGUUGAGCGCCAACUAUCAGUGAUAUACUCUAGACUGCAAGGAACAUAACUCAACAGAGAUAGUUAUGUAGCAAUGGUUGACUGUGCGCGCAAUUCGUGGGUCACUUCUUCCAGGGCCGCACCGUAAUGUCUGGCAAACAGACAGGUCGCCCUUUCCCUGUGUUAAAACGCUGUUGCUGCGCUGUUGCACAGUCAAUAGUCAACAGCGUGUUAACCGGCCCCUGGUCCUUCACAACAGCCGUACAUACAGUGCAUUCGUUACUUAGCACCGCGGCUUUAUCUUUCAUACCAAAAAGCCACUCUUUGAUUCUCUAGUCUCUAGCUCUUCCAACAUUCUGUGACUGAAGUGUCACAAUGAACGCCGAGCUUGUCCGGCGAUACGGGCCUGGCAUGUCCUUCUACCGGUCUCACCUCCAGUCCCCAGGCUUAACACAACCUGACAGCAAUUCCGCCAACAGAUACUCUGCGACUCUGCAUACCCUGGAAACGACCAAUGAGAUGCUGAUCAAUAAGAUCGGCAAGCUACGAACGAACACUCAUCGACUCCGACACGAUCUGAUGAACCUGGAGCUGCACGUGAAAGCAUUCAACCGCGAGCUCUUGGCAACCUGGCAGGCAGACACAUUGACGCGACUCAUCGAGGUUAUAUAUGAGCGCCACGGCUGGAAGUUUCCCGGCAGGGUUGCCGUUGGCGACCACAUCUACCUGCCCCGUGAAACCCUCUCCACAUUGUACUUGAAGGCCCUAGCGAGGAUCAAGGAGACGGUCACGAAGAGGUUUGGGCUGCCGAUGCGGUACUGGCAUGCUCUACAGAGAUACCAUGUAGUCGCUCAUCUACGGAGCACCAAUCCCAGCCGGACGGAGAACAGCUUCGCUCGAUGGUUGGUCUCAGUGAAAGAGGUGAAUCGGGGAGCGUAUCGAUUCUGGGGCCGGUUGUUUCCUCUCUGCUAUAACAACCGGUCCGUCGAGCAGAGUGCCACUAUCUUCUGA